CCUCUCAGAGGUCGUGGAGAGCAAAACUGUGCUUUCCACUUUACUCUGUUGGCACGUCUGUUUAGGUUGUCAUCUAGCUUGGAUUUUUUAUAUAUAUAUGUGUUCACAAUAAAUUGUCGUGCAAAAUGACUUUUUUUGGACUAUCAUUUUUUGUUCUGGUUCUAUUCUACUUCUUCACAGUCUAUAGCAAGCCAAUCGGUGGGCACCUGCGUAACAUGGAGAGCUUCAUCCAAGCUGUGCAGCAGGUGGAAGACUCCAACCCUGGUGUGUCCCCACUGGCUCUGGUCCGGGCCCUGCGGCGGACUGCCGGCCACGACGAUGCGAUGACCAUUCAUUAUUUGGGCGCCUCGCAAAAUCUCACUGAUGCUGAGGUCCUAGAGUCAGCCAUUCUCAAUAUCUCGUCCUUUAGCUUCUUUGACAAGGCCAUCCACCACAUCAUGACGGAUUACGGAGAGGAACGAGGGGUGGUUCUCGCUCCAGAUGGCACCACAGUAGCCCUUGCACCCUUACUGAUAGGAAUAGAAUCGGGACUGAAAGCCAAGAUGGAGGGGACACCAGCUGUGGGCAUCUUCCCUCUCACGUUAGGCAGGACUCUGGGCUUGUCCUUCCUCAGCCUCCAGGACUUACCCCCAUCUAAUCGCUUGGGCCCUAACGGCUGCUGGGACAACGUGGACCAACCUAAGUUGUUCAAGCUAUCUUGGGCUGCCACUCUGGCUACUGAUGCUGUUAUUAAUGGGGGCAUGGAUGGAGUCAUACUGGGCACGGACUUCAGCAACCUGCCUCCAUUGGAACAGCCAAGGGCCCUCAGUGAGGUUUUGAAAGGAUAUUAUAGUUUUGUUCUGCAUGAGGGACAGGGUCUGGAUGCUGUGACCGACCAUGUCAGCCCGAGGCGGAGAGAGGUCUCCAGAUCCAUUCUGGAGCCACUCGAUCUUCACAGCCAGGUGAUGGAGACACUAGCACUGGUGUGGAAGCUGGAGAAGACAGAGUGGAUUGCUCUGGACACUGGAGUGGGGAAGGCAGUGAAGGAUGGAUUAGAGGCAUUUGUGCACAAGUACUGGGACUGCCCUCAAAUCAUCCCUCGCUGCCAGUGGGGGGCAAAACCCUACCAGAGUACACCAAUCCCGCUGUCUCCACCCCUCGAGUUUCUCUAUGUUCACCACACCUAUGAGCCGUCCUCGCCCUGUUUAAACUUCCCAAACUGCUCUCGCAACAUGAGAGCAAUGCAGCGUUUCCACCAGGAAGAUCGUGGCUGGAACGACAUAGGAUACAGCUUUGUCGUCGGCUCUGACGGCUACGUCUACGAAGGCAGAGGUUGGAACCACCUCGGCACACACACCCGGGGGCACAAUUCUGACGGGUACGGCGUGUCAAUCAUUGGCAACUACACCGCCACCCUGCCAUCUCGCCACGCCACGGACCUGCUGCGCCAUCGUCUAGCCCGAUGUGCAGUCAAUGGAGGAUUUCUGGUUGCCAACUUUACCAUUCACGGCCACAGGCAGGUGGUGAGCUACACUUCCUGUCCUGGAGAUGCCUUCUUUUCAGAAAUAAGAAGCUGGGAACACUUCCGGGAAACAUAACUGCUAUGUCGGCUCUGUAUUUUUUAAAUGAGUUUCACUGUAUAUAAUGGCUUUUGAGUUAUUCCCCUCAAAUCUGAACUAGUUUAUCACUUUUCAUCACCAGACAUCUGCUGUUAAUCACAUGGAACAUCAACAUGCCUGUUCAUUUUCUGUCCUUUGACUAGUUAAUGAACUGUUUCAGUAUUCAGUAAGUGUAUUAAAAAUGUCAUGUUAUUUAGUACAGAGUUUCAAUAUCAAAGGAGUAAAUCUCAUCAGCGUCAAUGAGCCAGUAACCAUGCAGCAAGCUGGUACCAAGAUCUAAAAUCAGUGGUAAUUGUCUGUAGGCUACAUGUUGUUGAGUCAUGCAGGGAAAACACUACGUCACACACACAGACAGGG